UUCCUCUGCGGCUUCCAUUCCUCCAUCUGUCGUCCUUGGAUUUGCUGCUUUCCCUGCCUCUUCAUUUAGCAGCCAGUUCUGCCCCGAGGUUCCAUCUUUUCUCUUUCCCUCUUCCUCCCUCCUCUCCUCUCUCUCCUCUCUCUCUUCCUCUCUCGCUGGCGUCUCUCGUUGCAUUGCCUUUGUAUUCCGUUGCUUCUCCCAAAUCAAGUUUCGUUUAGCCAUUGCCCAUCAUGUCGCGACCCACGACUCGCAUGAACGAGUAUUUCGUGCCCCGUGAUGGCAUCGAUCGUGAAGUCAUCUCUGCAGAUAUUUGCCGCUACCUUGGCAAUGAUGCUUUGGUGCGACCUGGCCAUUAUGAGAACCCACAGACUGGUCAACCCGUCCAAGGUUAUUAUAUUACGGCUUAUCGUAACCUGACGACCGCCAUGAUCGAGGAUCUCAAGGCCGACUCGGCUCGAUGGGAUAGGGAACGCCGCGCGCAGACCGCGCGCAACAGCAGCGGAGUCCAAUACCGCUAUUCCGAGACUCACCAGUCUCGGCAGCACCAUGGCCCAACUGAACCACCUUUCCGAGAUGAUUCUUAUCCUCCUCGUGAUGGUCUUUAUGACGCCCCAAGGUACCCAGGAACUGGCGCCCAAGGAUAUAACGGUGCCUCUGGCCCGUACCAGCCUCAACAGCAGCAGCAGGGCUACGCUCCUCCCAGUGGCGGUGCGUACGGCGGCAACGGCAACGCCGGCUUUCAGCAGCCUCAGCCAUCUCCUGGACCCUCUGACGCCAGAUACGUCGGAAACCCUCAAGGCGGCCCUAUGAUGAACCAGGGAUACCAAAAUCCGGAUGGCCCGUAUGUUUCAACUGGAGCCAACAUGCCUCCCAGGAAUUAUCCCAAUGAUCCUUAUACCGGUGGCCACCCUGGAUCGUCCGUCCCAGCACCUCAACAACCCGUAUAUGCCUCAAACCAGCCUGUCCAGCCGGGAUAUCCCGCCCCAAACUACCCAUAUCCUAACCAGGCUCCUUCGGGCGCUCCAGU